AGUAUUCUGCAAUCUCUUCUAUCCCAAUAAUAUACACAUUAUUUAUAUUAACGGUAUUACUUUGUAACCGUUUGAUAUUUAGGACGUUAUUACACUACAACAUAACUUUUUCAUUCCCUUUUGUAUACAAUUUCUGCAAAAAUCCAAUUCGCUCACUGAACAUAUCUCUCAACAAAUAAAAUUGAGACGACAAAUAUUUUCGGUGGAACUUUUCCAUUUCGUUGCUGAUAAAAAAUUAGUUAAAAAACAAUUAUUAUAAACAAUUCUAAUAGAAAAAUUGUGAAAGUAACGUAAAAAACUAAAGGAUAAAUAGUUUGCAAAAAAUACGACUUUAUUUAAUUAAUUGAAACUGCAGCAAAUAAAAACACAAAAGUGGAACAGAGUCGUAAAAUUUUAGUAGAAAGAAAAAAACGGACACGCAACCAAAAGACGAACAACGAUUAGAUGAAUGGCUGGCUGGUUAGUUGGUUGAUUGGUAAAAAAAAUAUUGGUACUAAAUUAUGGAAGGAGGUGGUGGCGAGGCAGAUAAACAAUUGAUAGAAGAGUCCAAAUCAGCCGUUAAAGAGGGAGACGAAUGGUGAGAAAAACACACAAGGAAGACCUUGAAAAUAUAACAAUAAACAACAAUAAGAACAUAAAAUAGAAAUUAAAAAAGAAUAAGUAAGAAAGAAGAGAAAUUUUUGAGAAAUAAAAACAAAUAAAAGUAGAUAAGUGAUAAAAUAAAUAAAGUGUAUAAAAAUUACGAAAAAUAUAAAAGAACAGUGCUACGAAAUAAACAAAUAACGAAAAAACAGAAUAUAAUAAACAAUAACAAAAAGGGAAAAGAACAAAAAAAAAAAAUUACGAGUUAAGGGGUCAAUGUGAGUAGAGCAGAUAUAUAGGAAAAGGCGCAAAGAGAACAAACCAAAUAAUGACGACUAUGCCAACACAAACUUUAGUGCAACCCAUUAAAAUUGCAGUUAAAAAUAUGGCUAAUACGCAAAAUACAACAUCGCCCUCCACGUCCCCUAAAACAGCUAGCGUAGUACCUACACCAAUUGCUUCACCUUCAGAAACAGAUACAGCAUCAACUGUUAUAAAUGGUCGUGAAGCACGAAAUUUAGCAGAAAAGCAACGUAGAGAUAAAUUAAAUGCAAGCAUUGGUGCAUUGGCAAAAAUGGUACCACAUGCUGCCGAUUCACCAAAACGUCUAGACAAAACGGGGAUUCUUCGUUUGACCACCCAUGGUCUGCGAUUGCAGUAUGUAUUUGGCAAAUCGGCUGCACGUCGAAAAAUGCUACACAAAGGCGAUAGUCAUGUAAUGGCAAACACUUUACUACAUCUGCUGGACAGUUUCUUUAUAACACUCACUUGUCAUGGGCAAAUAGUGUUGAUAUCAUCCAGUGUUGAACAUUUGUUGGGUCACUGUCAAUCCGACUUGUAUGGUCAAAAUCUUCUGCAAAUUACACAUCCAGAAGAUCAGGAAAUGUUACGACAAGAAUUGAUACCCAGUGAUAUUGAAUCAUUGUUUUAUGAUUAUCACAAUUCUACAAAAACAUCUUCCUCCAACUCCACAUCGUCGUCAUCAACAUCUCCCAGCUUCACGCAAGAACAACAACAUCGUUCCUACACAACAUCUCAUCCGCACCAACCUGAUGAAGACGAUCAUAAUCACCAUCAUUUGGAAAACGAUGAAAACUAUUUGGCCGAGAUUGAUCAAAAACUACGGGCAGAUAAGCGUUGUUUUACUGUGCGUUUAGCUAGAGCCUGUACUCGUUCGGAAUCGAAAAAAAUCUAUGAAAUAGUAAAAAUCGACGGUUGUUUUCGUCGUAGUGAUUAUUCGGCUUUGGCUACCGGAUCGUGUAAUUAUCCUAUUGUAUCUCAACUUAUAAGACGAUCACGCAAUAAUUCGUCGUCUUCCAUGUGUGGAGGAGUGAAUAAUAAUGGCAUGAAUAGUGGUGGUAGUAGUGGAUUAUUUAUACCUCAUCUCAUGCAACAUGAUGCCAUUGCGCAGGCAGCUUUACAUGGUGUCAGUGGCAAUGAUAUUGUUCUCGUAGCAAUGGCUCGUAUUAUAAGACCACCAAAAAUAUUGAAUUACUCAUUGGAAGCUAAUCGGUUAGAAUAUAAAACUCGUCAUUUAAUCGAUGGUCGUAUUAUCGAUUGCGAUAAUCGUAUUGGUUUGGUAGCUGGCUAUUUAAAAGACGAGGUUCGAAAUUUAAGUCCAUUUUCUUUUAUGCAUCAAGACGAUGUUCGUUGGGUCAUUGUGGCGUUACGACAAAUGUACGAUUGUAACAGUGAUUACGGUGAAAGUUGUUAUCGUCUAUUAUCGCGAAAUGGCAAUUUCAUCUACUUAAACACCAAAGGCUAUUUGGAAAUCGAUAAAGGCACUAAUAAAGUACAUUCCUUUGUUUGCGUUAACACAUUGCUGGACGAGGAAGAAGGCAAACGUAAGGUACAAGAAAUGAAGAAUAAAUUUUCCAUUAUAAUAAAUGCCAAAGUACCCACAAAUUCUAUGCAAGAUGUGCCAGCAUCACAAAAUCCCCAACAAUUAGAGAGAAUUGUUUUAUAUUUAAUAGAAAAUUUGCAAAAACGUCAAACAAAUGCUUGUGUGGUCGAUGAAAUACACUCGGAAGAUGAUGUUAAACGUCAUACGACAACACCACCGUUGGCAUUGGUGCCACCAGAACCAGUAUCUGUAAUAAACUCAAUUUCCAAAUCUGUAAGUGUUGUAAUUGCAACAGCAGCUAAAAGUUUUGCAGUACAAAAUAACCAAAAUAAUAACAACAAUAAUCGUAACAGUAACACAAGUAACAACAAUAAUAAUAAGACUACAGAUAAUUUAACGCAAACAGAUGAACAAAAAUACAAUAAUGAAAGUGUACUAACACGUCCCAGUGUAUUGCAAAUGCGAGCUAAACCACAAUGUCAGGAUGCAACAUUUAGUUUAUAUUCCUCUUCGCCCACAUCAUCUAAUUUAAAUUCACCUGACAACUACAUUGAUAACAAUAAUGCACAGCAUGUAUCUGUUCUUAAGCGCAUACGUGUGGAUACUUCGACAUCGACGACGCCCUUUAAAGAGGAAGAUGUUGAUGAUGCUUAUCAUACACCACAACCAGCCAAACGUACACUAAGUAAUUCUUCCGCCACCUCCUCUGCCUCUUCAACAUCAUUAUCUACCACCUCCUCGCCUACAAUAAACUCAUGUUUACUAUCACCUAACGAAAGGAAUGAUAACGAGACUGAGAUUCAUGAUUUUAUAUCGUCACAUCUACGUCAAGUCGGAGAGUCAUUAAAUUGUAUUGAUGCUCAAACGUCUAAUUUACGUCAACAUUGUUCCAGUCGUCUACCCACUUGUCUGGAUAAUAAAUUAGAUGCCAUUAUCAUAGAACAGAAAAAACAAAGUGAGUUUUUAGUUAAUAUUAAAAACGAAUAUGAGGUUUACAAAGAACAACAACAAUUCACCCCCAAUUCACCCAAAUAUACGCAAAAUCGACAAGGUCAAAAACAACAACAACAACAGCAGCAACAACUUUCAUCACCGGAUAUACUUUAGUAAGGACUCAGUUAGUUUCAAUGAAUGAAUUGCCUGUCGUCUGUCUAUAUAAUUAUUUGUUUGUCUCUACGUUUUUCGUUCAUGUAAGUAUAUUAACUCAAUAAUACUUACUAUUGUUAUUAUAAUUAUAUUUAAGUACCUAUCAAUCUACUACAUAUGUAUGUGUAUUUGUAUGUAUGUUAGUUACUGUAUGUAUGUAUUUAUUUCCAUCUAAGCUAUUACUCUUUCUUUUUCAUCUAGUUAAAGUCCAUCUAAUGGAGUGGUAUUGAAAUUUUUUUAAGUAUGCAAGAACAAAUAAUAUUAUUUUUUUAAAUAAUAUUCUUUAUUAAUUUAUCUAUUUAAGUCGGUAAUUACUUUGAAUUCCUUAAUUUAUUAUACGAAAGAUAAAAAAACUUCCUUUUCAAUUCCUUAUUUUAAUUUUAACUCACAUUAUAAUAAUAAUAAUUUGUCAAUACAUUGGGAUAUGUAAGAGUGAGUACAUGUUGUUGAGUUCGUCAUAGUUUGUUUGGUUUUGUGUGAAAUUUAUUUUAUAAUUAAUGAUUGAAAGGAAAUUAACAAUGUAACAGGUUUGCAAGCUAUUAAAUUAACUUAUAGUUUUUACGACUGUAAGUAUGUAGUAAUGAAAGCAUUAUUGGUUGUUGAAAUUGAGCAGGUAUUCAUAAUAAAUAUGAUAUCUUGGAAAUUGUUGAUAAUGUACUUCUUCCAUACUAAUUAAUAAUCAUUUAUAAAUCCGGGGUUUUUAAAACACUGUGACCGAAGUUAAACCCGAAAGCAAUAAGAGUCCUAUUAGGAUUGCAUAGAAUAUUCUAUACUCAUAUGAGUAUAAGAACUCUGUAGUUGUUGUUGUAACAGGUUGGCUGUAACUGGAUGUUCUUCCCUGGGGAAAAAACUUUCGGUUAAUACAGCUGUUGCUGAGUUGACAAUCUUUGGCCGAUUAAGAAUCGGGUCGUUCCGGAGCAGAGAUCCAAUUGUCGUGGGAACGCUCUGUUGGAGUAUGAACCGUUUUUGCACAAUUGAAGCCAUUGUAUCAGGCUUUUUCAGGUUGUGAAAAAAAACGAAAAGAAUCUGGGGCCAUUUUAUGCGACUGUCCUAUAGUACAGACUCUGAGACUAAAAUGGCUAGGAAAAAUAUUUCGCGAUAAACAUUAUGCAUCUUCCAUGUCUCAUUUUUCUUUUCAAUCUAUUUGAGAAGGGUAUAAACUCUUCACAUUCUUUUUCUUUUAUUAUUCUAUGCCUGUGUUCUGUGACAAUCGAAUCGACAAAAAUAUUCGAAGCAAAUAUGAAUGUAUAGACGGGCAUAGCCGACCCUGUGAUACCCAACACCAGUCAGUAUGUUAAAAUUAAGGAUUAUUAAAAAACGAAGCAUUUGAUUUGUUUUUUUAAUUUUAUUCCGUAAUAUUAUUACUUAUUUUUGUUAAAAAAUACAUUUUUUUACAAGACGACGAGU